UAUGCUCGCGUGAAGUCUACAGUUGAAAUGCCGGUUUGAUUCUCAAGUCACGAAUUGUUUCGAAUUGCCUACACUUCUUUCUCCAAUCCUUUUUUAUUUCCCUCUGUUAAUUUUGACACAUAACCAUAAUACCGACAACUAUGAUUUCAGUAGACACAGAUAUCAUCACAAUAUCCGAUGAUAAUGAUAAGAAGUUAUCCUACGAAGUCAAUGAAAAAGUGUUAUGUUAUCAUGGUCCAUUAAUUUAUGAAGCUAAAAUUUUGGAUAGAGAUUGGAUGGAUGAAGAUCCUGAGAUGACAGGACCUUAUUACUAUGUGCAUUAUAAAGGCUGGAAAAGAAGUUGGGAUGAAUGGGUGCCAGAAAGUAGAUUGUUAAGGUGGUCUGAGGAGAAUAUAAAGAUGCAGUUAAGAUUGAAAGCAUUAUACCGUACUAAACAAUCACCAAAGACCCAAAAACCUGGUGCCAAUACUUCCAGUAAUGAUCAUGUUGAGGAUAAUACAACAACCUCUGUUGAAAGCAAUGCUAAUAAUAGUAGUUUGGGUAAACGUCGAAGAGAUGCGAAAGCAGAGAAGGAAACAGAUUACUUGAAUAAACCCGAAAUACGAUUGGAUAUACCCGACACGUUGAAAGGACAAUUGGUGGAUGACUGGGAAAAUGUUACGAAAAACCAACAACUGGUAACAUUACCAAGGACUAUCACGAUCAAUGAUUUAUUAGCAAGAUACAAGAAAUUUAAGAAAGAAAGAAAGGGCAAUAGAGACUUGAAUGAGGAAUUAUUGGAUGAAGUUUUGCAUGGCAUUAGUGUCUAUUUUAACAAGGCAUUAGGGUCUAUUUUGUUAUACCGAUUUGAACGCCAUCAAUAUGCUGAUAUCAAAAGGCAGUUCCCUGAUAAGGAUCUAACGGAUAUUUACGGUGCAGAGCAUUUACUGCGUUUGUUUGUUCAAUUACCAGAAUUGGUUGCACAUACGAGUAUGGAUGGAGAUGCCAUUCAAGCUUUGACGGAUUACUUGGUGGAUAUACUUCGCUUCAUGCAAAAGCAGCAGAAAGUAUUAUUUCUACAAGAAUAUGAGAAUGCACCACCGAAUUAUGUUGCUGUAUCUGGCAAUACUUAAACUGAAUGCAACAGCAAUCGACUUCAAAAAUUACUCACGCGUUUUAUGAUCGAUUAUGCUUACUGUUGUAAAACAAAAAAAAAAAAAAAAAAAAAAAAAAAAAA